GCUCUGUGUUUGGCAAUGUAUGUUUCCUCAUGGACCUGGAACAUAUUCUAUUUGUGUGUAGUCUUUCCCUGUUUUUAUAAUGUGUCCAUUUCUCUGAACGACGAUGACAGCGAUGAUAUAAGCAAUGAAUCAGUUUAUAUUCGGACAGAAGAAGAAAUCGCUUCCAAGAGUAAGGUGGACUCUCUAGGUCCAGUCUUAAAGCGUCAUAUCCAGGCUCUACGCCAAGUCAGCAACAAAAAAGUGGACAUUGUAUUUCUAGUGGACAGCUCCGCCAGUGUGGGACCACGGGACUUUAAUUAUGAAAUUAAAUUCGUCCGGAAGCUGCUGGCAGACUUCACGGUCGAUACUAACCAUACAAGAGUUUGUGUGAUCACGUUUUCCUCCAAAAAGCGCGUGCUUCGGCAGAUUGAUUAUGUAGGUCAGCCUUUAGUAGAUAAGAACAAGUGCACUCUGUUAGAGGAGGAUGUUCCUAGCAUCCGAUACGUGGGGGGAGGGACCUACACCCUGGGUGCAUUCCUAGAAGCCAAGAAGGUACUAAGUACGUCGAGGUCAAACUCAGAAAAAGCCAUUUUCUUGGUGACAGACGGAUUUUCUAAUGGAGGCGACCCUAGACCGGAAGCCAAAUAUCUUCGCGACAAAGGUGUCAAAAUAUUCACAUUUGGCAUCCGGAAUGGAAACGUCCGGGAACUGGUCGACAUGGCAUCUGAGCCCAAAAAUGAGACUUCUUAUAUUCUGGACAGCUUUGAGGAGUUUGAAGCUUUAGCACGACGUGCCCUGCAUGAAGAUUUAGGUGCUGGAUCCUAUGUAGCGCAGCCCAUAGACAAAUGUCACCAUCUUUGUAUCGAUAGAUCGCCAUGCUGUGACCAGAGAGCAACAUGUCGCUGCGGUACACAUACGGGUAACUUUGAGUGCGUCUGCCGGGAAGGCUUCUAUGGAACAGGACUCUACGGAGAAUGUUAUCCCUGUCCUUCUGGUACUUACAAAGACGAACGUAAACUGGGCGACGAAUCCACGUGUAAGAAAUGCCCGGAUGAGAACCAGUCAACACAGACCGGGGCUACUCAUGUAAGUCAAUGCUCCUGUAAGAAGGGCUUCCGGACCUUUAAUGGGACAGGGUGCUCAGUCCUGCGCUGUCCUGAGUUAAAGAGACCUAAGAACGGCUACUUCGUCAAUGAUUACUGCGACAGUGUAUUUAAUGCGGCUUGUGGCAUCAAGUGUAAACCUGGGUACGAGCUCCGGGGAAACAGUCUCAGGAUUUGUCAGGAAGACGGCCACUGGUCUGGGGAGACCGCAGAGUGCGUCAUGAAAACGUGCCCUCCUCUACCCAAACCAAAACAUGGGAAUAUGAUAUGUGACCACGAUGAUUUCUCGUUCUCCACGGUGUGUCGGUUUACAUGCGAUACAGGAUAUAAACUGGUGGGCUCCAGGAAGCGAGAGUGUCUAGCCAUAGCGUACUGGACAGGGAUCCCUACGCGCUGUAAAGAGAUCACAUGUCAGCCCCUGCCUCAGGUACGGGAAGGAGUGGUGAAGCCUCUGGACUGCACUGCGAAUGAAGUGUCAUUCGGAACCAUAUGUCAGGUGGAGUGUGCUCCCGGAUACUCUCUGGAGGGACCGGAGAGAAAGCAAUGUACACCGGAAGGAAUGUGGGCCCCUGAAUCCUUUGGCGAGAUGAGUCGCUGUGAAGACAAGUCCCCGCCCAAUUUGUUUUGUCCUGCUGAUAUCCAGCAAAUAGCACCAGAUGACGACAAUACUGUAGAAAUCAUGUGGCAGCCCCCGCUAGCGCUGGAUAAUUCCGGAUUGAUCCCGAUCCUAACAGUGGUUCCCGCCGUGGAACCACCUAAACGUUUCCCUAUUGGUGUGACGUACGUGAAGUAUAUUGCGGAAGAUCUGAGUGGGAAUAGAGAAAAGUGCAGGUUCUCGGUCGUUAUCAGGGAUGUAACACCGCCAAGGGUUGAUAGCUGUUUUUCACCAAAUCCAUUUGUGUCAUCCACGUUUUAUGCGGAGGUAAUCUGGGAUGAACCUCAGUUUAGCGAUAACUCUGGAGAGACCCCGAGAGUGGAAAGGACACAUGCACCUGGAUUGUUUCCUCGGGGUCUUACCAUAGUCACAUACCGAGCAUUUGAUGAAAGUGGCAAUAAUAACACGUGUGAACUAGAAAUACAAGUUAUACCACACCCCUGUCAAUAUCCCCCUGAGCCAGUUAACGGAGAGCGACACUGCUAUGAGACCACGGAGGGGGUGUAUUGUAAUGUCACAUGUAAUGAGGGGUUCGCUUUUGCUAUCAAUCCUGCUGACGUUUACUUCUGUGCUUAUGACAAUAUAUGGACUCCCAUAGAGAAAAUGCCCAUCCCAGACUGCUCAGUACAAACGGUGACUAACAGUAUAGAGCUACCCGCUUCUGUAACCUAUAUUUCUAACGUCCCAUGCCGAGAUCAUCUGGUUCUGAAUCAGAUGCAAAAUAACUUCUUCAUCACACUCUCUGGCUUCAUAAAUGGUUUGUGUGAUGAGAACAUGAUCUGCGAGGUGGAUGACGUAGAUGCGACAUGUGAAGAAGAAGUGGAAGAUUUUAACAGAAUUAAGAUCAUCCUUGAUAGAAAGCGUCGAGAUAUUGUCCGAAUUAUCUCCAAAGAAUCCGGAAAAGAUGCUAAGAUAUCUGAUAGAGAGGUGGAGAGCUCUAUCACGUUUGAUUUCCUGGUCAGAGGCCAAUACCGAAGUCCGGUGAACCCCGGGAAAACCGUUAAAGAAAGCCAGAAGGUGGUGACGGAACGACUUAAGGGGGUUCUGACUACGGUGAAGACUGAAGGUAGUGGGGGGAUGCUGGACUUGACAGUGGGAGGCACUAAGGCUAAGUUCGCUAAUCUGACGGUCAGUAGAACAGGUCCGCAGUACAAAUGUAAGGAGGGCGGCGUGCUAGUCAACACUUCAUGUGUGAAAUGCCCCGUGGGGACGUUCUUUAAUGUGGUUUUGGAGUCUUGUUCCGGGUGCCCUGUAGGGACGUACCAGCCGCUAGAGGGCAGUGUGUCGUGUCUGGUGUGUCCUGUCAACACAACCACCGACCACAACAACUCUAAAUCUCAGGAAGAAUGCAAAGCUCAGUGUUUACCCGGAACCUACUCCAAAGACGGUCUGGAGCGAUGCGCCACCUGUGAGAUAGGGUUUUAUCAGACUGAUUACGGACAGACCUCGUGUAGAAAAUGUCCACCGGGGACCACAACAAAACGCCGUGGAGCAAGGAUCAUAGAGAAAUGUGAAGAACCCUGUGAGCCUGGAUUUGUGUCCUCUUCUGGUCUUAAGCCAUGUUUCCCGUGCCCUAAGGGAACCUACCAGUCAGAUACGGGUCAGACUGCUUGUUUUGAGUGUCCAGGGAAAACGCUGACGCAAUCCAUAGCUUCCACUGAAGUUACUGACUGCAGUGGUUCACAGAAUCCCAGCAGUAAUCGUCUCCAGGCAGAUGAGCCGGCGGACGUUGUUGUGUUCAAUGCUUGUUUUGAGAACCCUUGUCAUAAUGGAUCCACAUGUCGAGCUCGACCUUUUGGGUAUACAUGUGACUGUGCCCCAGGGUACAAAGGAAUAAAUUGUGACGUCAGAAUUAAUCACUGCGAAGGAGCCCCCUGCCUGAAUGGUGGAACCUGUAACAAUCACCUUACUAACUAUAGCUGCGACUGUUCCACGGGGUUCAGGGGAGAUAAAUGCGAGGUGAAUGUUGAUGAUUGUGCUUCGAUGCCAUGUGAGAACAAUGGGACAUGUCAAGAUCUGGCCAAUGGCUUUACUUGUAGCUGCCCUGCGUUUUUCAAAGGACCCACGUGCAAUGUUACAGUGGACUUCUGUACGCCUUCACCCUGCCUCAAUAAUGGCAUUUGUCACCCUAGUUUGGGGGGAUACACAUGUUCGUGUCCUAGUGGGUUUCGGGGAACGAAUUGUGAAAUCAACCAUGACGAGUGUGAUAGUGGACCGUGUCAGAAUGGCGGAUCAUGUGAGGACGGAAUAGCAACUUACCGGUGUCAAUGUUUAGUGGGUUUUACUGGAGACCAGUGCGAAGUAAACAUAGACGACUGUGAUCCGGACCCGUGUGUGAAUGCCACCAGGUGCGAGGACGGGGUGAACCGUUUUACAUGUCACUGUUUAAAGGGAUUCAUAGGGGACCGCUGUGAAAGAGAACUGGAAGUGGAGUAUUUGCUGGAUUUUCCUUUUGCUGGCACGUUUAAUUAUACUGCAGCUACGAUUGAACGCGACCUGACAUCAGUUUCAGUCUCUUUUUGGAUGAAAACAAGUGACACCACUAACCAGGGGACUCCAUUUUCUUACGCCUCAGACUCCAACAUGGACAAUGCUCUCACCAUGACCAGCUACGACGGCUUUGUUCUAUAUGUAAAUAACCAGCAAAAGACGACAGAUGUCAUAGCAAAUGAUGGCAAGUGGCAUCAUCUAGUGUUCACGUGGUCUUCUAGUCAUGGGGCGUGGAAAAUCUACAUUGACGGAGUGGUUUGGGACUCUGGGUUUAGCUUUGCAGCGGGUCAUACUAUUAAAGGUGGUGGUAAGUUUGUGAUAGGACAGGAGCAGGAUAAGGACGGGUCGUACAACAGCGCAGAGUCCUUUAUAGGGCAGAUCACCCACCUUAAUGUCUGGGACAGGGAACUGACCUUCGACGAGAUCAACUCCAUGAGAACGUCAUGUCGGAAGUUUAUUGGGAAUGUGAUCGCGUGGCCCGACAUACAGACGGGAUUACAUGGUUCUUUAAAACCGGAACCUUCAAAUUUCUGUCGAGGCUGUCCGGUCCCGGUUAGACCUAUCUACGGACAUGCUGCAUUCUCCUCUACAGAACCUGGGGCCACGGUCAAGUACUCGUGCUUACCAGGGUUUAAUUUCUUGGAUCGGGACACCAGACAGUGUCUAGUGACGGGGGAGUGGAGUGGGAGGGAUCUCCAAUGUCAACGUGUAUACUGUGGGUUUCCACAACGAAUACGAAACGGCUUCAUUGACGGGAGAGACUAUUAUUACGAAAGCACUGUCAGAUAUAGGUGUGACAACAACUACAGACUCAAGGGGUCCGAAAGGCUGUACUGUAACGAGAACGGCACGUGGGAGGGGGAAACGCCCACCUGUGAAGAGAUAACGUGCCAAUUACCUUUGUUGUCUGGAAAUACCAUACCGUCCAUCAAUAAACAGCAUUACAGGACCGGAGAAACGGUAAACUUCAGUUGUAAAGAGGGAUACAAGCUUUUAACAGACCACGAUUUUGUCUCGUGCCAGAAGGAUGGCACAUGGGAUCGGAGCGUUCCUACGUGUGACCCCCAGACUUGCAAAACUAUUCCACCGAUUAACAAUGGGGAAGUUUCAUCCAUAAAAGAUGAAUACUCUGUCGGUCAUAUUCUGACCUUUACAUGUGACUACGGGUACCGAUUGUCCGAUACAAAUCCAACAGGACGGAUCAGCUGCUUACCGAAUGGUCAGUGGGAAAGCAAUGUUCCGCAGUGUGAAAUAGUCACGUGUCCAAACCCGCCAUCUGUGCUGAAUGCAAUGGCUGACUUAGACGGUUUGACUUUCCUAAGUUCUGUUACCUAUACCUGUAAAACGGGUUAUGAACUUGUGGGAGAGACGGAUAUACUUGAGUGUGUAGAGGACGGGACCUGGGAUCCACUACCUCCAGAAUGUGUUCCGGUAGAAUGUGGAGAUCCCGGUUUGAUUGCUAAUGGAGAUGUUCUCGCACCCAUGUAUACGUUUGGUAGUUUAGCAUCCUAUAGAUGUAACCCAGGUUAUUUUCUAAGUGGAAACAAUACACGAAAAUGUGAGUCUGAUAAGGAGUGGAGUGGUGAAGCACCGACCUGCUCUCCUGUCUCUUGUGGUCAGACGGAUAAUAUUGAAAACGGAAUUUAUGAGCAAAAUGGAAAUACAUUUGGAAGUAUUGCCACGUAUGGAUGUUUACCAGGUUACGAUUUACAUGGAAUUGCAGAACGUACCUGUGAAGCAAAUGGCCUCUGGUCUGGUUCGCCACCCGGAUGUACCAAGAAGGAAUGUGGUGCCCCUCCAAUCAUGAACCACGGUCAGCAGAGAUCAAGUGGUGUGUACUAUCAAGACACUGUAACUUAUUCAUGUGAAUUAGGAUACAGGUUGAACGGUGUCGAUACACUACACUGUGGAACCAGAGGACGAUGGGAGCCGUCCCCACCACUAUGUGAGGAAAUCACGUGUCCGACACCGGAAACUAUACAGUAUGGUAAUUACACUCUUACUGGAAAAGUAUUUGGUUCAAUAGUAGAUUAUUUCUGUUUACAAGGGUAUAAACUUGCGACUGAAUCAGCCAGGGUGUGUCAACCAGACGGGACAUGGUCAAGUAGUCUACCAUCUUGUGUUGCUGAUGAAUGUCCUCCGCCAUUGCCGGUUGAAAACGGAAAAUUUGAUUUCAAGGAUAGGCAGCUUGGUUCUGUAGUGCUGUAUUCGUGCAAUCCAGGAUAUAAACUAGUUGGAAGUGAUGUUCGCCGAUGUGUAAAUUCAUUAACAUGGAGUGGUAACGAACCAGUCUGUGCGCCAAAGUCUUGCAUGGAACCGGAAGAUAUUACGAAUGGAAGGAGAAAUGCGUCUGGUUUGUUGUACAACGCCAUUGUAACCUAUGAGUGUGAUGCUGGAUAUCUCCUAAGGGGUCCUUCAAAACGUACAUGUCAGUCCUCAGGUGCCUGGUCAGGAACAGCUCCAACAUGUGAAAUCGUUGUUUGCGACACUCCCUCUAAAGUGACCUCUAAUGGCAGAAGUUUUGGAAACUCGUCAACAUACAAUUCGGUCGUUACAUACGAAUGUGACCCAGGGUACAAUUUGAACGGGGCUAAGAGUAGACGUUGUCUCGCUAAUGGACAAUGGGAUUUUGAGAUACCUAUAUGUGAAGUGGUUCAAUGCCCUCGUCCUCAUCUUUCAAAUGGAAUUUUCUCAAAUUUCAAGACAGAAUAUUUAUCUAACGUAACCUUUCAGUGUCGCUCUGGUUAUGUAUUGUUCGGUGCUUCAAAAAGAACGUGUUUAGAAAGUGGUUUAUGGAGUGGACAAAGCCCUAUUUGUGUGAAAAGGAAAGAACCACCAGUUGUAGAAUAUGCUACAGUGUUAAGUAAUGGCAACUCUGUUAUAUAUUCGUGUCUUUAUGGUUAUAAAAUGGUUGGGAACACAAAUCUUCAGUUUGAUUCAGACGGGCGGUGGCAUGGAGAUAAACCUGAAUGUGUGCCGAUAGAAUGUAAUGCAACUAGCCUAAACAUAGAUAAUUUUGCGCAUGGAAUUGUCGAAUUUGAAAAUAUUACACUGGGAAGUACAGCUGAGUAUCGAUGCGAAAGAGGGUAUGAACUCCUCGGAGAUGCAACUCGCACCUGUUUAUUCAAUGGCUUUUGGAGUGGAUCUAAUCCCAUUUGUAAUAUUGUUUUUUGCCCAGGUAAUUUUGAAAUACAGCAUGGUAGUAUUUCUGGAACAGCUUAUCAUUUCAACGCAUCUUUACGUUUUGCUUGCAUGCCUGGUUAUCAAUUAGUUGGAGACGAGGUAAUAACUUGUCUAGAAAACUCUUCAUGGAGUGGAUCUAAUCCGAGAUGUGAGAGAAUAACUUGCCCAGCGCCAAGAGGAUCGGGUGACCCCUCUGUCUCCUUCAACACUCUGACUGUAGGUAGUACCGUUGAAUACCGAUGUUCUCAAACACACAAGCUAAUCGGAGAAUCUUCUAGAACCUGUCUACCCACAGGACAAUGGUCAGGACAAGCGCCAUCUUGUCAAAUAAUUCAGUGCAAAACUCCAUCUUUCGUAAAUGGCCGAGUUAACGUCAAUUCAAACACUUUAGGUGGGUUCAUGACGUACGCUUGUGAUGAAGGCUAUCGCUUGGAGGGCAUUUCAUGGAGAUUCUGUACCAGUAAUGAAACAUGGAGUGGAACGGAACCAUCAUGUAUAGCCAUUAAAUGUUCACCUCCAAGGUCCAUUGAUAACGGGAUGAUUCUGGAUAACGGCAGGACAGAGUUCUUUUACGGUGAUAUGGUGCGGUAUAAAUGUACGGAAGGCUACGUAAUGCAGGGAGGAGACACGGAUCACAUCUGUCAAGGUUCCGGAUCCUGGUCUGGUAGCCUACCUACGUGUGUUUCUGUGGCGUGUGGGUCAGUCCCAUACAUACCUCACUCGCGGACAACACUGCUGAAUGGGACUAUGAUCUAUAACUCUGUUGUUAAGUACACUUGUGCUCAGGGAUAUAAAAGUCAGAGUGGCGCUAUUGACAUCAGUAAAUGUCAACCAAACGGAGCUUGGUCGGUGGUUACCAUUUCUUGUUCUAUAGUUCAUUGUCCAGCGUUCCCAUCGAUUGCCCACGGAACUGUAGUUGGAAAGGAUGUAGCCUAUGGUAGUCGAAUUUCAGUUGUUUGCGAUAACGGAUUUUCACUCGUUGGCGAUAGCCAGAUAAGAUGCCUUUCUAAUGGAAGUUGGAGCAUCACACAAACUCCUCGCUGCCAGCAAAUCCUCUGUCCGACACCGGAGUCCACUUUGAACGGAAAUGUGUAUUUUACCGAUAUAACAGUCGGUGUGACUAUAAACUACACGUGUAACACUGGAUUUAAACUGAUUGGUGACAAUCAAAGAAGAUGCUCCCAGACAGGUGAAUGGACGGGAAGCGUUCCAGUAUGUCAAGAGCAAGUCUGCGGGGAACCUCCAGUUUUCCCAAAUGCUGUCAUUUCCGUUAAUCGAACAGAGUACCCAGUGUCAGAAUCAGCUCAAUACUCAUGCCUACCUGGAUACACAAUGUCUGUACAGAGCACAACUCGGUGCAACAGUGUCGGAAUUUGGGAAGGGUCGGGUCCAUCAUGCACAAAAAUCAAAUGUGAACAGCCGAGGGCAUUUGAAAAUGGUAGAGUUCAAUAUAAUGACGUAUCUUUUGGCAGUAAAGUUACCUUCACCUGUAACGAAGGUUAUAUUCUUUCUGGGGCUAGUAGUAUGAGUUGUCUUGAAACUGGUAUAUGGAGUAGUUCCACUCCUAUUUGCCAACCCGUAAGUUGUCCAUCUCCUGCGUACGUGGAAAACAGCAUUGUUGUAGGCGACGUUUAUACCUAUGGAAAUAUGGUGACAUACAUUUGUAAUGAAGGAUAUGAGCAAAGUGGAGCAAGGGAUUUGAUUUGCCAGGCAGAUGGGACUUGGUCCAGCACUCCUUCACAUUGUCAAAAAGUUCAGUGCAGACCACCCCCAGCAAUAGCACACGCAAGAGUGAAGAGAAUAGACUUUUUCUUUAAGGAUAAGGUCACAUAUGAAUGUGAGGAAGGAUACAACUUGAUUGGUAAUGCAACCCUUCAGUGUGGUUUUAAUUCUAGUUGGUUAGGAGUGAAACCUCGUUGUGAAAUUAUAUCUUGUGGAGAUCCACCUGAAGUUACGCAUGCAACUUCUCACAUGACUAGACGAACAUACAAUGCCAUGACGACAUAUAUGUGUGAUUCAGGGUAUACAAGGAACGGAGAUCCGAUUGCCACGUGUACUGCAAAUGCAACAUGGGCUUUGAGCGCAGAUUUAAGUUGUGUUCCGGUAGACUGUGGGUUUCCUCCAAAUAUUUCUAACGCAGUUUCAGAUUUCGCAUCAACAACCUAUCUUUCUUAUGUCGUGUACCGAUGUAGUCAUGGGUACACUUUGCAUGGAAACAGCCGUGUUCAGUGUAGAGAGAUUGGAGUUUGGGAUACGGCACUCCCGGUGUGUUUGAUAGCCAAUUGUCCUCCGCCAGUUAUCUCUGGUAAUGUUAUCAUCAUUAAAGGAAGUUUCAGUGUUGGAGAUACUGUGGAAUUUGGCUGCAGUGAUGGUCACAUCAUUUCUGGAAACUCUCAGAGUACCUGUACUUCCAGCGGAAUGUGGAGCUCUAGUGUCCCUGUCUGCAAAAGAGUGCGAUGUCCUAUGCUGAGCCUGUCAGGAUCUGGUCUGUUACCAAGUGUCAACAAGGACGACUUUGUUUUCGGUGAUCACGUGUCUUUUACGUGUACACAGGGUUAUGUUAUUGUUGGUGGCACAAGACUUGAGUGUCAGUCUGAUGGCACCUGGAGCGGAUCUCUACCUACCUGUACACCACAAGCUGCAGCAGCUUGCCCCAUCGAGACAAGAAUCCCUAAUACACAAGAUUUCAGCCAACUAUUUCCGGUUGGUCAUACAAGAAUGGCGAUCUGUAAACCUGGUUAUGAGGAGGCAGGGAGUUUAGAGGUCACGUGUCAGGCAACUCGAAAGUGGUCGUCACCCAGCGGCUAUUGUAGAAAGCUGUUUUGCGGGAAGCCCCCUGUCACUGACAUGGUGAAUAUCAUCAGAGUCCGAGGGAGAUCUUAUUUCUACAAAGAUCAGGUCCGGUAUCAAUGUAGACCAGGCAUUCCACCAAUGAAAAUUCCUCCUGUCAUCACGUGCACUGAUACUGGCCAAUGGGAUGGCACAAUAGCAUGCUAUAUGCCGUGUAAAGGCGGAUGUAGGAACGGAGGGACAUGUCUCGGAUACCUUGGCUGCAAAUGUCCCGUAGGAUAUGGCGGGAAAAGAUGUGAAAGGGCUAUGUGUAUUCUGCCAUGUCUUCACCGAGGUCGUUGUGUGGCACCGUAUCAGUGCGCAUGUCCUCGUGGCUACACAGGUUCCCGCUGUCAGUCGGCCAUAUGUGACCCGCCCUGUGAGAACAGAGGAAUCUGUGAACAACCAAACGUCUGCCGAUGUCAGCAUGGUUUCCAAGGGCCACGUUGUGAAAGCUCGGAUCUCCGGACAUUUGAACGGGCAGCUCGAGCUCGUAAGUCGACAACCACCAGUACAACAGCAGCCCCUGGGUGGUCCUGGCGGUAGAGCGUUAUCUAGCGGUCACCUCUCAGUGCUGUGAAUGACAUUGCAUUUUACCAACAUUCAUUAUAGCUACAUGAUGAUUGCAUUUUCUAAAGAAAUAAAUCUACAACAUUUUA